AGAAAGAAAGAAAAGAAAAGAAAAAAGGAGCCCGAGCAAGGGCCAGGGACUAGGGUGCAAGCGGAGAGCUCAGCGGGGCGUGCAAGACACCCCUCGCGGGUCAGAGCACACGCGUGUCCGCGGAGUCCGUGGGCAUCCCGGGACGCUUUCCCGCGCCGGCGCGAUCCCGGGAUCCCAGACAUUCAUUCGGGACACGGGCCGAGCCGGGCCAGCCCCUGGCAGUGGCACCCGCGCCACGCGAUCCCCGAGCAGUGAUCUACGAGCUCGGCGGCGCUGGGCGGCGGGCCAGGAGGGGAGGGUCCGGCCUUGCCCCGCGGGCGUCCAUUGGCGGCUGCUCCCGGCGUCCGCGGCGCAGCCGGCUGCAAAGCCCGCAGGUGCCCCGCGCGCGCUCGCCAGACCCGGGUGGGUAGGGGGCGCCGCACUCGCCAUGCUGCGCGCGCCGCGGACCCUGGCUCCGGCCACAGCGCAGCCCACAAAGAGCUUGCCCGCGUUGAACCCCACCGAGUUGUGGCCUUCGGGUCUCAGCAGCCCCCAGCUCUGUCCGGCCACCACCACCACCACUACGUACUACACUUCGAUUUACACGCAGACGGUGCCUUCCGCUACGGCGCUGGGCACCUGCCUCGACGCCACUCCCCACGGACCCGAGGGCCAGAUUGUGCGAUGUGUGCCCGCAGGCCGGCUGCCGGCCAAGAGGAAGCUGGACCUGGAGGGCAUUGGGAGGCCUUCGGUCCCUGAAUUCCGGACUCCCAAGGGGAAGUGCAUCCGAGUGGAUGGUUUGCCAAGCCCCAAAACCCCCAAGUCUCCUGGGGAGAAGACACGCUAUGACACGUCGCUGGGGCUGCUCACCAAGAAAUUCAUUUACCUCCUGAGUGAGUCGGAGGAUGGGGUCCUGGACCUGAACUGGGCAGCUGAAGUGCUGGAUGUGCAGAAGCGGCGCAUCUAUGACAUCACCAACGUGCUGGAGGGCAUCCAGCUCAUCCGCAAGAAGUCCAAAAACAACAUCCAGUGGGUAGGCAGGGGAAUAUUUGAAGACCCCACCCGACCCGCCAAGCAGCAGCAGCUGGGGCAGGAGCUGAAGGAGCUGAUGAAGGCAGAGCAGACCUUGGACCAGCUCAUUCAGAGUUGCUCGCAGAGCUUCAAGCGCCUGACCGAGGAUAAUGCCAACAAGAAACUGGCCUAUGUGACCUACCAGGACAUCCGUGCUGUGGGCAACUUCAAGGAGCAGACGGUCAUCGUAGUCAAGGCCCCUCCACAGACAAGACUGGAAGUCCCUGACAGGGCGGAGGAGAACCUGCAGAUUUAUCUAAAGAGUACCCAAGGGCCCAUUGAAGUCUACCUGUGCCCGGAGGAGGUACAGGAACCAGACAGUCCUUCCAAGGAGACCCUCCCUUCUGCCUCUACCCUCAGCCCCGUCCCUGACUUCCCCGUGUCCAGCUGUAGCACUGAUCCUGGGAUCGCAGAGACUACGCCAUCUUCAGAACCAGGGCUGAUGCCCCAGCCGGCCCCGCCACCACCAGCACCAUCCCUUGUCCCCUUGGAAACCACCGACAACAUGCUGGAGCUGUCACACCCACUCCUGCAACAGACUGAGGACCAGUUCCUGUCCCCAAUCCUGGCUGCCAGCUCCCCUCUAAUCAGCUUCUCCCCGCCCUUGGACCAGGACGAAUACCUGUGGGGCAUGGAUGAGGGUGAGGGCAUCAGUGACCUCUUCGACUCCUAUGAUCUUGGGGACCUGUUGAUUAAUUGAAGAGCCCUGCCUCUGUCUCUACCUCCUCACAGAUGGGGGACACUGGACACUAGGUGUCACCCUCUGUGUAUGAGUGGCUCCGUUUCAGCCUUCCUUCCAGUGGAGGGCAGCUAGGGAGAUGUGGAGAACGUGAGGAGUGUGUCAGGGGCUGGGCCCUGAUCCUCCUCUUCUGACCUCUGACCCCUUCAUGAAGGACAACAGGUGCAGGUGACCAUGUUCAGGGAAAGGGUCUGCUGCCUCCUUCUGGGGGGCAGUUGGACCCUGGCUUUUUCGAUAAGCACUUAAUGCCUUUGUAUUUAUUUCAGGUUUGUUUGUUUGUCCGCCCUGAGUUUUAGCAGGGAGAUUUGUAGUUAGUUUCUCCUCAGACAGGCUCUCCCAUGCCCACUGUCUAAGGGAAUACCUGGGCUUCCAGGAGCCAGGGCCAGCUCCUUGGUCCUCCCCCCACAAUGGUACCUGGGUUUUGAGGAGAGUAUCCAGUUUUGCUUGAAUGUUAAUUGCACUUAGGCCUUGUAAUUCUAGUAAGGUGCAGGGCCCAGCCAAGGCGUCAGCUUCUCUUCCGCCCCAGAGAAGGUUCCAGUAGCUAUCUUGGGAGAGAUAGCAUUGAGGUCCCCACAGGAACAGGUAUCCAAGAAGGUUCCCUUCUUGGUUGGGUCCCUUAUCUCUCCUGAACGUCAGAAAGUAAAUACAGGCCUUUAGGAAUUAGGCCAGAAGAGCCCCUGGGAAAAGCAGGAGGCACGUGUCCUACCUUCCUCAGAGCCUCUGCCUUGCCUGGUCAGAGACCUGGGGGGUGGAGGCAGAGACAAAUGUGAGAAGAAACACCCAAGGGCUACCCAUGCUUCCCUGGGAGGAUUGUUUUGUUUCUUGGUCGUGGUUGUCGGAGGGGGAGUUUCCUUAGGGACAGGCCUUCCCAAGCCCUCACUCCGCUUCUGAGGUCCCAAGUGACUGGAGCCUGAGGGCAGGUUUGCACCUUUCCCCACUGGAAUGCUAAGGGGGGAUGGGGUGGAGUGGUCUUCACUGCUCCAUGAGGAGAUGGUGUGGGGAUCUGGGAAGAGCCUUAGGUUUAUUUCCCCAUAGGCUGACCCUCCAGGGUCCCUGUGGUCCAGAUGGAGACAGGAGUCCGCUAGUUUCCCUUGCCCUUUCUGGGAUGGAGCAUGCUCUGGGCUGAACCAAGGCCAUGUGUUCUGGAGAGGCACACCCAAGGGAGAGAGGUCUUACCCACCUUCAGGGAGCUCAGGUUUCUCAGGGGCUCAGCAGGGCAGCACUUUUUUUUUUUAUAAGUGUGUAGCAUUAAAUUGAUUUAAAAGAUAAAGUUGAUUAUGCCAGGUAACUCCUAGCUGGCUGACUGGCAUUUGAAGUUUAAAUGUUGGGCUGAUGUGAACUGAUGUCCACUUGGGGGAUAAUUUGUGUUAUCCUUAGCUCAACUUCUUGGGCUCUCAAAUUAGGCCCCUCCGGGAGUGGUUAGUGUCUCACAGCUGCCACACUUGGAAUUUGUAUGCUUUUACAUCGCGUGUCUAGCCUUUUGACACUGCGAUGUGACCUUGUCGUCUAUAAAGUCCACACUCAAGAACUGCACAAGCUACCAAAAAAAAGAAAAAGAAAAGAAAUCUCAUGAUGCUUUAAGGACGUUUACAGUCUUGUGUUGAACUGUGUCCAUAGCUAUCCGUGGCCUGUGCUGUAGGUUGGACAUAGCUGCUACCAAGCACAGGGGCUUAUCAGACCACAUGGAAGCCCACCGUGCCCUGGAGCCACAGGUGACUCGAGGGAUGAGGAUGCAGCCUGGGCUCUGGUUUGAUGCUCGGAGCCUGGAGGCAGCGUUGUUGUUCUCAGGUCUCUCUGCCGUUUAGCCAUAUGCCAACUCCAAGAAGGGAGAUGCCUGACCUCUGAGCCUUGACCACUGGAUGGAGAACUAAGGUUCUGGAGAAGAGGGCUGUACUUCCUGUCUGGAAUGAGGCUAAUAAUGCAGUCCAGAAUUCAAGUUCAGGCGCCAAAGGCCCAGCCCGGGGAUGGACAGAGGCCUUCCCAGCAGCUGCCUCAUGCUGUCCUGGCUGUCUCUUUUCAACCCUUAGGCGAGGGGCGGGACCUCCCAGGAGAAGCCCCAGGCUAGAGUGGGGAACAAGCUCAAGCCUCUUUCUUGCCAAAUGAUACUUGAGACCCCCAAGUUCCUUAAAAUGCUUUAAAAGAAUGGGGUGUGCCCCAUUUGGAACAGUUUUGAGUGGUAUUUCUUUUAGAACCCAUGGGAGCGCUCAUGCAAAGGUGGGAAAGAUGCCAGUCUCUUUCCUAGAUGCUCCAGCUCCACCAGCAAGCCCCCAAGUCAUUUGUGUCCCCAGGGACAUCAAGCACCUGGGGACCUCAGAGCACUUAGCAGAAUUAAGUUUGUAAAUAGGAUUGGAAAUGCACCAGUGGAGGUGUCAGGGUGAGUCAGUCCCUCCUCUGGGUGACCUGUCUAGCUGGUGUGUCCACGCAGAGUGAGUUUGUGAGCUUUGAGGGGGUGUGACUUGGUUUCCCCUCCCUGCGUGUUCUCGGCACAGGGUAGUGUUGUAGAGAGUUUGCUUGUGCCGGCCGGCAUCAGGUGCCGUGUAGCUCUAGCACAUCUGAAGCUUUUGGGGUUGAUUAGAAUCAGUUUCUUGGUUUCUGUCAUUGUGCCCAGAGGCGCCACCUCACAUACGUCCCUGUUCUCCCACAAGGCCCUUUAGGGACCACAGUGACCACAAGUCUGGCCGGCCUCUGGCCGCUGGGAGAGAUGAAGUCUUGUGGGUGUUGUUUGUUUUGAGGGUGCUGGGGGGUGGGGUCUGGGGUCCCUGAGCUGGGGACUCCAUGUGGGUCACCUACCUCCUCGUUUCACCCAAAGUCCUGCCUUGCACACCAGCGAGUUUCCUUCUGUUGUGAUAAUUGGGCAUUAAACAGUGGCAGCUGGGAA